AUGAUUGGGAAGGACUUGAAGCAAUACACUGUGCAAGGCUUCCAGGAUGAUCUGCGGGAGGAUGGGCGUUCCUGCAGGGACGUGCGGCCACUUAAGUUGGCUUUAGGUGUUUUGCAGCAGUGUAGUGGCUCUGCCCGGUGUUCUCUGGGCAACACCGAAGUGCUGGUCGGGGUCAAGGUUGAGAUUGGGGUUCCCCUCGAGGAAACGCCGGACUGUGGCGGCUUGCAAGUGACUGUGGAGUGCAGCCCUUGUGCUGGUCCCAGCUAUCAGGGAAAGUCAGGCGAGGACUUGGGGGUCGAGCUCACGAAGAGCUUGGAGCGUUAUCUGAAGCCUGGGCGCAGCGGCAAAGGUGGCUGUGUGGACCUGCGAGCCUUGUCGAUUGUGAGCGGCAGAAGGUGCUGGAUUCUGUGCAUAGAUGCGCUCAUUCUGGCUGCAGAUGGCAGCGUGCUGGAUGCACUCAGCGUAGCCGCAAAGGCAGCGCUGCAGGACACCAGGAUCCCCCUGGUGGAGGUGGGGGCGACAGAGAAUCCAGAUGAGGAGCCUGAACUUGAACUAGAUGACGAUCCUGCGCACGCCACGCAAGUAGACACGAGCAGUGUCCCUGUCAUCGUCACUGUGUACAUUGUCAUGUUUCAGGCGGGCCGUGCCUACAUCCUGGAUGCAUCCUCCCAGGAAGAGACAUGCAUAGACUCUGCAGUCCAAGUGGCUGUGAACGGCGGUGGUAAAUUGUGUGGUCUCUUCAAGGUCGGGCCAUCAGCUGUCAAUCCUGCGGUGUUGCAGGUACGGCUGCACUUCAAUAUAUUGAUUUCCUGUAAUUCAUUGUGUGCCAUCAGCUGUCAAUUCUGCGGUGCUGCAGGUACGGCUGCAGCUUCCAUAUAUUGA